CAGAGAACAAAAGAGAAACAAAAGCCCUAACCGCUUUGGAUUGCAGCGGUGCUGUAGCCUCACCUGUGUCUCUUUCUUUUACUCUGCUUCGCCACGUCUCUCUCUUUCUUCUUUCUCAACUCGACAAAUUUUAGCUCUCUAUCAAAUCAAAUCUUGAGCUGUGUUUCUCGAGCAAAAGGAUCAAUUUUCUCAAAUAACUCUUCUCAUGUACAAUCAUAGUGCUUUAAAGAAAAUCCCCUAAUUGUGCACUGGAUUAUGAGCAUACUGGUAUAAUUAGAGCAGUACAAUUUUGCAGAUAGGAAUGGGAACCAGAGGAGUUAUUGGGGAUAAAUGGUCAAUGAGGAUUCUUUGGGCCUGUGCUAUUGGAAGUGCAAUCAGCCUGUAUAUGGUUGCGGUAGAAAGACAAACACAAAACAGAGACAGAAUGAUGGCCGAAAGUUUAAAGGCAAUGGAAGAAGAAUCAGGCAGUGGGGAGACUGUUUAAAUGUGAACUUACCUGAAUCAAUCUGGAUAAACUCUAUAGUAUCUUUCUAAACAGCCUUUCCUAAUGUUCCAAAAUGAGCUCUGUUUAUGCAAAAGGUUGUUACCUCUUUGUUUUGGGCAUUUGCAGUUUGAGGGUUUGUUUCUGAUAAUAAUUAUAUUACUUGAUUGAUGAAUGGCAGGGAAUUUGAGAUGGCA